AGAAGACAGUUGUGUGUUGCCAAAUCCGCGGUUUUUAAGGAAUACUUUUAAACUGUUUAGCGGAAUUCCUCUUCUUAUGUUAAGUCUGUGCUUUCAAAGCGAUUUCUUCAAGAGGCCAAUUCAAACGAAACGAAACCGCUAUAGGCUAAUAUUGAUUAGCAAUUCGGCUGGUUUUGUUUACCACACCUGGCAACCCCACCAGCUAAAGCUAAAGCUAAAAUGUUAAACGUUCAUCUUGAGUAUAGAGUGAACAUCUAAAAUGAAGGUAAAGUUAAUUUACUGUAAAUUGUUUCUGAAUUCCACAACAGUCCACCAAUGAAGGUUAGCAAUAUUCCCAUCAUCCUAUCGGAAGAGGAACUCUAGCUCUGUAACAUACUAGUAAAGACUGAGUUAAUUAAAGAGGAGAUUGAUGACAUGAGUGAUCCAGAAACAUCCAGAAUGAAUCAUGAAGAUACUGAGGAACAAACAGAUCGGAUGGAGGUGGAAGAACAAAGGCAGGAAUUAAAUGAGGAGGUGGAGCAUUGUAGCUUCAAAACUCAAAGAGGAAAAUCAAAGAAGCAACACACCUGCUCACAGUGCGGAAAGACUUUCACACUUAAAUCAAGUCUCAGUAAUCAUAUGUGGCACCACUCUGGAGAAAAACCAUUUAACUGUGAUACAUGUGGUAAAAAAUAUACUUCGAUAUCAAACCUAAGAGCUCACAUGAAACUUCAUUUAGAUAAACCUUAUGUUUGUUCUAUCUGUGGAAAGACUUUCACACUUAAAUCAGGUCUCAGUAAUCAUAUGUGGCACCACUCUGGAGAAAAACCAUUUAACUGUGAUACGUGUGGUAAAAAAUAUACUUCGAUAUCAAAUCUAAAUCUUCACAUGAAACUUCAUUCGGAUAAGAAGACUUAUGUGUGUUCUGUCUGUGGAAAGACUUUCUCUCAGCUUAACUAUUGUAAUCGGCAUCAGAAAACACACGAUGAAGUGAGAGAUCACAUGUGUUGUGAGUGUGGGAAGAGCUUUACUACAGUUGGACAGCUGAAGCAGCAUCAGAGAAUACACACUGGAGAAAAACCUUACAAGUGCUCAUAUUGUGACAAGAGCUUCUCUCAACCUGGAAGUCUGAAAUCACACGAGCGAGUUCAUACUGGAGAGAAGCCGUACCGAUGCACUCAGUGUGGAGAGAGUUUCAAAUAUUCAACAGUUCUCAAUGAACAUCUUCACAUUCACUCUGGAGAAAAGGCAUUUAACUGUGAUCAGUGUGGUAAAGAGUUUUAUUCACCGUCACAACUGAAAAGACACCUGAGAAUCCAUACGAACUGGAAGCCUUAUGUGUGUUCUUAUUGUGGGAAGAGUUUUUCACUGUUGCCUAGGUUUAUACUUCACCAGAAAUCACACACCGGUGAGAAAAAUUUCAUGUGUAGUGAGUGUGGAAAGAGAUUUACUACAUCUAGCCAACUAAAAUGCCACCAAAGAGUUCACACUGGAGAAAAACCAUACAAGUGCUCAUACUGUGAGAAGAGUUUCUCCCAGUGGACACAGCAGAAAUCACAUGAACGGAUUCACACCGGAGAGAAGCCGUACAUUUGUACUCAGUGUGGAGACAGUUUUAGAAAUUCAAACUCUUUAGUGCUUCAUAUGAAAAAGCAUUUUCCAUCGAAUCCCAUCCAUUCCUCCAGUUAGUUAGUUUUCAGGUGCUUUAAAGACAUGACAAAUAUUCAUACAUUUAGAUCGGCAUCAAUAAUUGCAUUGUUUCUACAUUUGUUUAAAACUGAGAAUGGUGCAAAACAGCAUGAAGAAAAACAAAACAUUGUAACUGAUAAAGAAACAGGUGGCACUGAAGAUUAAAAAUGUAUUAGUAAAAGUCAAUAAAAUAUGAGUGCUUCGGAAACUUAUAAGCCAUUUUCCUAUAUAAGCAUAUUUAAAUGUUAAAUUAUGUUAGAUUCAGAUUACGUAAAUGUAUAAGGUACAAUAAACAAGUUUUUUUAAAUCUGAACUGCUGAAACUUUGUAUAACGAGUAUAACUUGUGUUCCUCAAUUGUAAGUCGCUUUGGCUAAAAGCGUCUGCUAAAUGAAUAAAAUGUAACUGUAAAGUACCACAAAAAUUGUGG